CUGUAAGUUCUAUCAUUCAUACUACUCAAUUUUUUUUCGUCUUGAUGAUUUAGUGUAUCAUCAGUCAUUUUGAGUGACAUAGAAAACAUGGAAUUCUGACUCUGUGGAAGAACAGCUGCCAUGGUGACGCUGAAUCACUUGAGUGUAGAGGACCCAGACGAUGGCUCUCCACUGCUGCCCGAGGCUGCGGAGGCGGCAUCACCAACGCCUGUCUUUCACAGACAGCGAGGAGUCACAAAGACUGACUCCAGGGAAUUUUUCCUCAGCAGGAGUGAGAACCUUGCCUUCAGUCUGACGCUGCUAAUCAUAUGCUACUUGGCUAUUCUGAUUCCUGCAUAUUUCCCCUUGGAUAACGUGGAAACUCUCAGUGAAGACAACCCGCAUCCCAAAGAUCUGGUCUUACUAAAUCAGUCAGCCUCCCUGCUGUCCGGUCCAUGUCAGCCUCGCUGGUGUCUGAACCACCUCAAGCCCCUGUCGUGUUCUGCAAGCCUCCUUGACAUCCCUGUGUAUGUGCAGCAGGACAGGCCUGUGCCCUGGGAUCUGUCCCCUCCUCUGGGGCUCCUGGGCAGUGAAGAACAUCUGGCCCUGGCUCUUGCCUCUCUGCCUCAGCCUGGCCUGCCUCCAUCACUGAGGGGAGAAGGCAGCUGCAGGCGAUGCGUGGUGGUAGGCAAUGGAGGGGUUCUUCACGGGAGCCAUCUUGGAUCCCAUAUAGAUCAGUACGACAUCAUCAUCAGGCUGAAUAAUGCUCCAGUGUCUGGCUUUGAGAGAGACGCUGGUUUACGUACCACCAUCCGCCUGAUUUACCCAGAGGGAGCACCUCACUCUGCAAACGACUACAAAAAUACCACCAUGGUUGCUCUGGUGGUCUUUAAGAGCCUGGAUCUAGACUGGCUCACUUCUGUAAUCACCAAAAAGCCUCUGAGCUUCUGGUCCAAACUGUGGUUCUGGAGGGAGGUGGUGGAUGACAUUCCCCUGAAACCAGAGAACUUCAGGAUCCUCCACCCGGAGAUUAUUCACAAGACGGGACAAGUUCUACAGAAAUAUGCUCUGAAACAGGGGAACAUGGUGCCAACACUAGGUGCAAGUGCAGUUGUGAUGGCUUUCCAGCUGUGUGACCAGGUGAGCCUAGCAGGGUUUGGGUAUGAUAUGCAGCACCUAGAGACCAGGCUUCACUACUAUGAGACCAUACGCAUGGGAGCUAUGAAAUCUCAAGUGGUGCAUGACAUCAGCGCUGAGAAACUCUUCUUGAGGGACCUGGUUGCUGCAGGAGCUGUGACUGACCUCACAGGAGCUCUGUGAAUCACCAGUGCAGGGACUGAUAAUAUACUCUACACACACUCCUCCCUCUCACCAUGAGCCCGGACGGGGUCCUCCAUAACUUCGCCCUGCUGGAGGAAUCCUACACAGCGUGGACUGACCUUUCAAAUGCCCACAGUCUCCAGGGCUGACUGAUGAGUGAGCAAAUAAAACUCUAAAAGGUUAGACAUAACAGUCAUGAUUGUAGAGACUGAAGCAUAUCUCAUGUGAAUUCAAUUAACUUAUUACAUCACCAGCUAAUAUACAAGGAUAGUAAUCAUCACAUGGAUGAAUAAACGGGCCAUCGCAUGUAGGAAUGUGGUUUUGUAAAAUUAAUUGAAUGGUCUGUGGUUCAAACAGUGCUAUUUCAAUACUGUUUACAAUGACUGAAUAAACAAGUUAAUGAAGA